AUGGGCUGGGUCCUAAACGCCACGGCCGAGGUCGAGGCCAUCUCGCAGUGGCCGACCAUUAUCGCAAUUGCAUGCGUCCUCUCCUUUUUGUCUGUGUCAGUUGUUGGCGCACGUCUAUGGAUUCGGCAUAGUGCUAGAGGUUUGGCGUCCGAUGACUGGAUGUCUGCGCUUUCUAUGUUGUUUGCUCUCAUCUACUCUAGUCUCACCAUCGCUCUGUGGCUUACAAUUAUUUUGGUCUUCCUUGCCCACCUAGGAUGCUCCUUCUCGCUCAUCUUCGCCUGCACGCCUGUCGAUAAGUCCUGGAAUCCCCUCAAAGACGGCACUUGCUUGCCAUCGGGCCCGUCUUUUACAGCAUACGCCGUCGUUACUAUUGUAUCCGACAUUGUCGUGGCGAUUCUCCCCAUCCCAGUAUUAUUGAAGCUUAACAUCCGUGUGGAAAAGAAAGCCGGUCUCAUCGCCAUUUUCCUACUCGGUCUCUUCACGACGGUCUGCUCUAUCCUACGCUACCUCGAAAUCGACCGCAUCCAAUACGGCGACGGAAACUCGACGAUGCUUGUUUUAUGGGGAACCAUUGAGUUCAACGUUGGCAAUAUUGUGUCGUCUUUGCCUUUCCUGGCGCCGGUAUGCAUGAAGAAGGCGAAGAACUACCGUUCAAAGUACUCGGGAGGCUCAUCGCACGGACGGAGCCACCUCAAGGGCAGCGAGAGGUACAAGCUCAGCGAGAUCAACCACGACAAGAGCGUCUUCGCCUCGGCGAAUCACAGCAAGGGCGACAACGGCAGCGAGGAGAACAUCCUUCCUGGAAACAUUAUAAAGUCUGUGACGUACAGCGUUCAAGUAGACGACAAAGUAGAAGCCACCACUGGCAAGUUCACUACAUCUGGGCCACAACGAAGAUAUUCACGAGAUUCGGAUCUCUGA